GCAGUAAUUUCCUGAGCUGUCUAUUGGUCUGCUGAACAUAUCAUUGCAUUGUAUUAUCCUGCAGGCCUAAUGCACUAUGGCAUUUUUUCGCAUUUUCUGUGCAGACACCAUGGCACGGCUGUUUUUAAUACAUGCAGCAUUCUCAAGUCUUCUAAUAACAGCGGAAGAAAUAACCGUGCAGACACGACUGGGAGAUAUACGAGGUAAAACGGAGACCGUGGACGGUACACCUCUCAAGACAUUCCUUACAAUCCCUUACGCCGAGCCCCCCGUCGGAGACCUUCGCUUCAGGCGACCCGUUCCUAAAGCGGCCUGGGACGGGGUAAUGGACGCGACCAAAUACGGCCCUUCGUGCCACCAAGUCCCCGUGCCCCGGGCAGCGGAGUUCCUUCCGAAUAUCGACUUUUCCGAGGACUGUCUGCAUCUACACGUUUACGUUCCGGUUACGGAUGACAGGGGUCCAAAAGCGGUUAUGGUGUUUAUACACGGUGGUGGAUAUCGCAAUGGUCAGGGAAUGUUUUCGCCAUGUGAACGACUGUCUAUUCACGGUGAUGUGAUAUGCGUUACCAUCAACUACAGGUUGGAUAUAUUUGGGUUUAUAAGCACCCUCGACAACCACGCGUCUGGUAACUAUGGGCUAUGGGAUCAGCACGCAGCGUUGAAAUGGGUGAAAGACAACAUCGAUGCCUUCGGUGGAGAUCCCAACGCCAUAACCGUGUUUGGCAUAUCUGCUGGUGGAAGUAGCGUUGCUCACCACGCUGUCACGCGUCACAGUAAGGGACUGUUCAAAAGGGCUAUCAUUCAGAGCUCCGUGACUUUCAGCAACGGCUACGACCUGGCUCUUGAUCCCCUGAAAAUUGUCCGCGAUGUUGGUCGUCUGCUAGGAUGCAACACGCGGGACAACACGGAUUUAACUGACAAUGGGAAAUUGGUGGAAUGUUUGCGGGGAGUCGCGGCUGAGGACCUGUUGAAUGCAUCCAACACAGCGACAGAAAUGUCGACCAGAGAAGGUGGGGUCGAAAGGAUUGGCCCGGUCGAAGACGGAAUGAUUGUGCCGCACGGAAUAAAGGAGCAUUUUUCGUCCUUUAUAGAAAAACCGCUCAGUGCAGCUGAUAACAUACUUGGCACAAUUGAUUUGAUUGUAGGAUCGACAUCCGACGAGGGCAACGUUUUCUUGUAUUUGCCUCUUUUUACCCAACAGGUACUAGGAUUUGACAUGGCUCUCGGUAUCCCAAAACAUGUAAUGGAUACCCUUCUCAAACCGAUAGCUGUCGGGUUGUCACGACAGUACCAGCUGCCGGAGUUCGCGAGAGAUCUCGAGAGUCUCAUCCGCGAGAAGUACAAUUUGGAUUCCGACGACAUUAUCGCAAACUCUCGCGCCCUCCGAGACUUGUACAGCCACAUAACUUUCAAUCAACAAGUACCUGAGACUGCCUUGGCACAUAUUAAGGCAAAAGCAAACGCUGGACAAAAUUCUGCUGGAACUUACGUUUAUCAUCUGACAAGAAAAUUCCCAGGCCAAACUUUUCUGGGCGCGCUGGUGGGCAUUCCGCUGCCGGAAUGGGCGUUAGAGGGCGCGUCGCACGGGGAUGACGCAUUUUAUGUCUCUGGGGGUCCGGGAGUAAUGGGAAAACUUGCUGGUGAGAUUGCGUGGAACGAGGAGGAUCAGAAGAUAACGAAUACCAUGAUGACCCACUGGACGAACUUUGCUAAAACCGGAAAUCCAAACCAAGGCCGCAGUCUUCAAGAUGGUGUGAAAUGGGAAGAGUACACGUCCGAAAGUAAAGCAUACUUGAAUUAUGACGACAUCCUGACCAUGAAAUCAAAUCUGUUGUCAGAGUACAUGGAGUUUUGGACUCGGACCAUUCCCAAACUUGUCGAAGAAAAGAGAAAGGAAUUGAAGAUGCAAAAAACAGAGCUGUAGAGUACAUGUACAUGUACCAUAUGAACUGGGGUAAUGGAAUUACGAUUCUAGUUCCGCAUAAUUCACAGACCUACAUGCAGCAGGACAAUCGUGCAUGGUAAUGCCAAAUUGCUCACGAAGCACUAAAAUUAACGCAAGGUGAAAAGAAAUGACAUAAAAUGAUUCAAGUCUGUUCAAUUCUAUGUUACAUGAUGAACGCUGUGAUGCUGCUGUUGCGAGUCACGCCAAUCAGAUUGAUCAAAACAAACCGAAAUCAAAUGCCAACCAAAUAAAUAACGACUUAAUACAUCAUAAAAAAUAAAAGAACAAUCACAACCAGUGCGAUCUUCAUCAAAAUCAUAUUUUAUCAGAGACGAUGCAUUCGGGUGAAGGAAGAAUAAAAGGUCCUGUAUUUUUCUUACCUUUUUAAAACGAAUUACAUAUUUGCACGUGAUUUAAUCACAUCGGCAAACGUGAAUUAAUGGUCAUUACACGAUGGUUAUUACAUUAAUGUGUAAUGAUUAGUUUGGUUAGUGAUAACCCGGAAUAUAAGAAAGUAUUAGAAAAAACUGUAAACUUCUUUCUAUUAUCUCGUGUGUUUUCACAGAUUUUAAUUUAUCAUUGAGAAGGUGUAUAUUUGUAUGCUCUUUGUUCAUUUUUUCACUUUGUAUAUAACUGCAUGUGCAUUUUCAUCAGCACCUCAUACAGCAAACGUUACAAAACAAACUGUGGUGCAUA